AUGGCGAUGAGUCCCGGAAACCAAGAAUCUACCGCACCGUUAAUGUACAUCACCGAUGCCCCUCGCAGCAGCGGUGCCAGUAGUGGCAGCACAGGGACACAUUGCAGUACCACACUUGCGAAGACUGCUCCUCCUCCUGCUCCUCCUGCCCUCCUGUCUUUCUCCUUCCUCUCUUUCCCAUUCCUCCUUUCCCCGGCCCGAUCUGCCGCGGUGCGACCUCGGGUGGGCAUCCGUGGUAGAAAUCAGCAUGAUGUAGGCGCCCUCAGAGCCAACCUUGAUCUCGUCAAGAUCUUGCAAAAGACGCGCUUGCGAAUGUUCUCCUCUGCUUGUCGGCCAGACGAGGAGCGAGAGACACCUGCUCGCUGCGGUAAUAGCGGCGUCAAGGGACGAGCACCUACGUAG